UUUUACACUUUCACCAAAUAAACAUUUGGUUUUAUGAUUUAUGCAAAGGUCGUGGUGACCACGCGCACGUUUUCGACGCGUGGAUAACAACAGAGGCGGAGGAACAUAGGAACCUUUCACGGAUCUCUCUCUUUAUUACACAGACUCAACAGAAAAGUUGAGUUCAGAUUCGAGAUGGAAAGUACAUAAUGACCCUUUUGUCUUAUAUUCAUUACAUCCGUCUCCUCUUGGAAGACUCCUCCUCUUGAUUCCUGUCCGAAUCUAAAACCAUGUCGACUCUACUAAACUCUGUCUUAUCCACCACGGCGGCGGCGGCGAACCGAUCUCCGGAACCGCCGCGAAAACCUCUACCCUUCAGCUUCCUCUCCUUCAAAAAAGGUCCCCCUAAGGCUUUAGCUAUGACGUUAUCUCCCAAAGACUCCUCCUCCUUUACCAUCAACGAGACAACUCUCAACAACACUUUCUCUCAUCUCCAAGGCUUAGUCACAAAAGGACAAAAGCCCAAUGUGGCCCACUCCACUCAGCUCCUCUACGAUCUCUGCAAAGCCAACCGGUUAAAGAAAGCUAUCCGUGUGAUUGAGCUAAUGGUCACCUCAGGGAUCAUCCCCGAUGCAUCUGCUUACACUUAUCUCGUUAACCAGCUUUGCAAGAGAGGCAACGUCGGUUACGCGAUGCAGCUCGUUGAGAAGAUGGAGGAUCACGGCUUCCCUUCGAACACAGUUACUUACAACGCUCUUGUUCGUGGUCUUUGUAUGCUCGGGAGCUUGAACCAGAGCCUACACUUCGUUGAGAGGCUGAUGCAAAGAGGUUUAGCUCCUAACGCUUUUACUUACUCGUUUUUGCUUGAGGCUGCUUAUAAAGAACGUGGCACUGAUGAAGCUGUGAAGCUUCUCGAUGAGAUUAUCGCGAAGGGAGGUGAGCCUAAUUUAGUUAGCUAUAAUGUUUUGUUGACUGGUUUUUGUAAAGAAGGGAGAACAGAUGAUGCGUUGAAGCUGUUUAGAGAGUUGCCUAAGAAAGGGUUUGAGCCUAACGUUGUUAGUUAUAACAUUUGUUUGAGGUGUUUGUGUUGUGAUGGGAGGUGGGAGGAGGCUAAUGAGCUUUUAGCUGAGAUGGACGGUGGAGAUCGGUCUCCUUCCGUUGUUACAUACAACAUUUUAAUCAACUCUUUAGCUUUUCACGGAAGAAUCGACCAGGCGAAUGAAGUUUUGAACGAGAUGAGGAACGGGAACCAUCAGUUUAGAGUCACCGCCACUAGCUACAACCCGUUGAUCGCGCGUUUAAGUAAAGAAGGGAGAGUUGAUCUCGUGGUGAAGUUCUUAGACGAGAUGAUGUACCAUCGUUGCAGACCAAACGAAGGAACGUACAACGCGAUAGGUGCGUUAUGCUCGAAUAACAACAAAGUGAGAGAAGCGUUUUACAUUAUCCAAAGCUUAAGCAACAAGCAGAGAUGUUGUACUCACGAUUUCUACAAGAGUGUGAUCACUAGCUUGUGUAGGAAAGGUAAUACCUAUGCAGCGUUUCAGCUCUUGUACGAGAUGACUAGGUGCGGCGGGUUUGAUCCUGACUCGCAUACGUACUCGGCUUUGAUCAGAGGGUUGUGUAAUGAAGGGAUGUAUGAUGGAGCUAUGGAGGUUUUGGAGAUAAUGGAGGAGAGUGAGUGGUGUAAACCAACGGUGGAUAACUUCAAUGUGAUGAUUUUAGGGUAUUGUAAGAUGAGGAGGACUGAUUUGGCGUUGGGGGUGUUUGAGAUGAUGGUUGUUGAGAGGAAGAGGAUGCCGAAUGAGACGACGUAUGUGAUAAUAGUUGAAGGGUUGGCUCAUGAGGAGGAGUUGGAGUUGGCUAAAGAGGUUCUUGAGGAGCUUAGGUUGCGUAAGGUUGUUGGACAGAAUGCAGUUGAUAGGAUUGUGAUGCAGUUCAAUUUAGAUUGAUGGGUUUUUGUUAUACAUUUUUUCUUUGUUCUUAGUGUUUUGUAUCAUUUUGACAAAAAGAGAGUUGGGUGAUUCAUGUAAAAGCAAUAAGAAGCAAGAAACAAAGUCUAGAAGAACUUUAUUUGAUUUAAAAUCUUAUACAAAAG